CACCUUGCCUAGCCAUGUGUAAAUUGAUGACAAUAUUAACCUGAAAUAAAGAUACUCAAAGGUUUAAUGUUAGCAUACAAGGAUUUUAUGCAAAAACCUAACAACAAUUGAUUGAUUGAGUCUCAUGCUUGAAUUCUUUUUACAUUUUGCAAAUUAUUUUCAAGAAAACUAAAGGUAGUUUAUACAAGUUCAUCAGAAUAGUAUAUUUCUAAAUAUAAUUAACUUAUGAAUACAGUUAACACUUCAAUCUAAAAUCUGAAGACAUAUGUUAGCACCUCCAAAAUCACUCACAAUGUGAUAAUGAAAUCAAUUUCCAAGUCAAAUAUAUUUAGACAAGAACUCGGAAAUUACAUGUAGAUACCUUUCCUGUAGACUUACCUAGAUGGACUAAGACAGAUGUAUAUAAUGCCUCCUAUAUGAUAAAAAGACUAUUCUUCAUUGAGACAUGUGCACUGAGACACUGACAUAGAUGAACCAACACUAACCCAGUAUAUACUUACAGACUCAGAAAAACCUACAAAGAGACAUUUGCAUAGAGAUUCAUCAAAAACUGCAAUGUUCGGCAAUAUUAGUAAUAAUAUGACCAUGUGUCAUCACAACGAGACUAACAACUCCUGCCAAGAGACAGAACAUUCAACUCCAAAUAAGGCUAUAGGACCAUACAUUUUUCGCUGUACCCUUUCGCUGAUGAUAGUAACACUGCAUAGUCUUAAAAUCAUAACAGUUGCCAGAACCAGACAUUUACAAACAGUUUCAAACUUCUUUAAAUGUGGAUUAUCCAUUGGAGGGAUCUUGCUUGGAUUAUCUACACUUUCACAUGCUGUCUUAGAUAUGACACACACAUUGGAGCAGGCUAGUACAUGUAACAUAAUAAUGCUAUGUAUAUGUACAGCAGCAGGUGUCACUAUGUCCAACGUUCUUCUGAUGUACGUUGAGGUGUUUCUUGUCACACAUUAUACAAUAAUGAAUCGCCAAGUUUUCUCUCGGAGAUUUGCAGUAUUGCUUGUUGUGGCAACAUGGUUGCUAUGGGUGUUACUUGGAUUGGUAUUAGGAGUUGCAUUGCCGACACAGGACACUGUAAUAUCUAAUGACAAUAUCUGCCAUCUAAAUAAUGGCCAAAUAUCAAAGACAUAUGUACUGACGCUUUGUGUGUUGGUAAUUGCACAUGUUCUGGCUCUGAUUAUACUACAGAUAGCGAUAAUUCUGCGAAUCAGAGCUCAUGCCAAUAAAUUCAAUGUCAAAAGAGAAUUCCCAUCCAAUAUUUGUUUCAUGGGUCCUAACUUGGGCUCUCCAAGUAGUACAUGUAUUUCCAGUUCUCAAUUAAACAAUGUGACACAUUUCAAAUUUUCAGCAGAGGCAGUUCAAACAUUGAUGGAUGCUAAAUCAUUGGCUGAACCAAUGGUAGAAUCCUUGUUUGCUGAACCAAUAGUGGAAUCUAACGCAUUGUCUGAACCAAAUUUUAAAGCUAAAUCAUUGUCUGUACCAAUUGUGAAAGCUAACUCAUUGUCUGUACCAAUUGUGAAAGCUAACUCAUUGGCUAUACCAAAUGUGAAAGAUAAAUCAUUGGCUGUACCAAUUGUGAAAGCUAACUCAUUGGCUAUACCAAAUGUGAAAGAUAAAUCAUUGGCUGUACCAAAUGUGAAGGCAAACUCAUUGGCUGAACCAAAUGUGAAAGCUAAAGCAUUGGCUGUACCAAUUGUGAAAGCUAACUCAUUGGCUAUACCAAAUGUGAAAGAUAAAUCAUUGGCUGUACCAAAUGUGAAGGCAAACUCAUUGGCUGAACCAAAUGUGAAAGCUAAAGCAUUGGCUAUACCAAAUGUGAAAGUUAAAUCAUUGGCUGUACCAAAUAUGAAAGCUAAAGCAUUGACUGUACCAAAUGUGAAAGCUCAAUCAUUGGUUAUACCAAAUGUGAAAGCUAAAUCAUUGACUAAAGAAAAUGAAGAAGCUUCCUCAUUGGCUGAAUCAAAUGUGAAAAUAACCCAAUUGACUCAAGAUGAAGGGAAAGUUAAUCCAUUGCCUCUAAAUGAAAAUAAUCUGGAUGUGAAUGUAGCAAGGCGUCAAGCAAAUAUCAAAAUUUACAAAAAGUGGAUGUGUCGUGUCUCAAAGCUUGUGCGUCAAAUGACUGCCAUACUUGUCUCAUUCUUAAUAUGCUACAUCCCCUUUUUGGUGAUAACUCUCCUCAAUAUAAGCACAAAACUAAAACAAGAAGGGGUGACUAACAUCAUAUCAUCAAGCAUGAUAGGAAUAAACCCUAUCCUCAACUUUAUUGUAUUUGUUACAGUUAAUGAGAAGUUCAGGGCAGCUUUGAUUAAGGUGUUACAAUGUAAAAAACAAUGAACUACAGUACAGACGAUGUUCUUAAAUUAAAAACUCAGUGAUAAGUGGAUAAUUGUAUAAUAUACUCCUCAUAAAAAGUGUGCCAUUGGUUAACUUGAUUUCUACCAUUUUAUAAACCUAUUGUAACAGAGAAAUUAAAUUGAACAUUUUCUGGAUUAGGAUUAAAAAAAUACUGGUCCUCAACUUUUUUUGAGGAGUAUAUUAUAUGAAGCACUGGAAUCUAUAUAUAUUUGUGUAUUACAUUUUUGUCUAUCAAUAUAAAUGUUUUACAUUUGUUCUGAAUAUCCUUAGAAUCUGCAUACUUGAAAUUUUUAUGUUGUGUUAGAAUUUAUCUACACAAUAAAGAGGUAAAACUAAAUUGUUCAUACUAAAUACCUUUAAUCUUAAAGGGAGUCUAAGACUGAUAUACAUGAGUGUCACGUCAAAUUAACACCACUGAUUGGUUGAAAAAUAUUUAUUGUUUAUGUAACAGAAACAAAAUGGAUGACUCAAUAUUUCAAAGCACCCUUUGAACAACGAAAUUAGGUUUGUUUUUCUACAGCAGGAUAAAGAAAUACAUGUACAUGUAGAAUGUAUGUCUAUUUGUGACAAAUGACAGGAUGUGGGUAAUAUAUGAUUAUUAUUUUAUUCUCCAGGGUACAAAUAGCCAGUAAAGAUACUAUAAAGAUGGCAGAAACAGACUAUAUUUUAUACAUGGCUAACCCUCAGGAGAAAAUGGGACAUAACUUGAAACAAGCAGAUACUCCUGGCAAGUAAACAUUAGAGUGCAUAGAUGACCUACAUAGGAUUUCGGGGCAUAUGUGCCCUGCUCUCUGUCACCACAUAAGGAGAUAUUUAUACAAGUAUAGAUUCUUAAUGAUAUGGGUAUAACUAAGGGGUCAUCACAUAUGUUUUUUACCAAAUUCUGUAAAAAAUGAGACAAUUAAGUGACCUUCUUAUGUACCUUGAAAAGGUAGAUCACUAUUUAUUUUCUCAUUUAAUAAUUUAAAUAAAUACCCCUAUACUUACAUUAUUGCAUUCUUUGUGCAAAAUCGAAAGAUGCACACCAUGGUGAGAAUGAGUUUAUUUGAAAAUAACAUGCAACUUCAGUUUGGAUGCCAUUA